AUGGCUUGGCAGAAAGGCGUGAAGGAGAUCAUUAAGAGUUUGGGUGUUGUUGGUGUUGUGCGACUUCCAGGAUGGGGUCCCCGUGACCCCGUCUGUGCUUGGCUGGAGACGUUGCAAGAAAUCGCGGCUAAUCGAUUCGGGCGGUUCCAUCGGUUGCUCCGUAGUACUGUAUCCCAUCCGCCGGUGCACACCUAUAGAAAAGUCGUGGUGGCUGUGUUUCCCCUAAUUUAUUUACUUCUCACCAGACAGACCGUAAUGAACUGCUCCGAUGCCGCGAUCACUGGCUUCCGUUGCAACAAUGAACAUUUCUCCGAACCUGAGCAGAUGAGCGAGAUGUACAUUAACCAACUACCAUCAAAGCAAACGCAACAUCAUGGCAACAUCAAUGAAUUCGUUGAAGAACCGACCAAAUCGAGGAAGGUGCCAGGCCAACGACCACUGCUUGGCAGCGUCUACAUCCAUUUGGAGGGCACUGGCGUUGGAAUUCCGGGAUUUCAAGUCGUCCGCAAAAAGUUAACAUGGAUUCGCAAGAACGUCUGGGAGGUGGUUGACGUAGAUCAGAAAGAAGAGUGGUCCCAGGACGGAGCCUUGAGGAACUCCGAUGGAAACCGGCGCUGGAGAGGA